UUUCAACUUCGUGAUGGCAUCGUUUUCUCCGAUCGUCCCAAGGUGGCAUCCGCGUGUCAAUUUGGGCUCUUCGGAACUUUCGUCUACCGCAAGCUACGAUUCUCCGUUGGAACCGCCAAUGUCAAACGCCAAGAGCAAGCUCGAGCGUCAACCUGGCGCUUACUUAGCACCAAAACUCAGUUUGCGAUGGACUUCGAUAUUCUUCCGGAUGUACUGUCAAUCACGCGUCGGCAUGAUUGAGGCGAAAACGGCGCCCGGAGGUAUCCCUACACAUGGUUUGACUCUUUGCCACAGCACACGCACCUUAGCGGUGUAAAUAUUAAAAUCGAUGAUGAAGGGUGACGAGGUAUCGGUCUAUUUUCUGCUACUUACAUUUAACAUAAUUCUUUUUUCUCUUCAGCAUAUAACUAUUUAAUGCAGGUACGAAAGAGUACGAUCGGCAGCAUCGGUGGUAAGGCUUAGAUAUAGAAUGAUAAAUAUCUGCUUUUUCGAGGGGGAAAAGCAGUUCAUAUAAUAGAAUAGAAAUAGAGAUUAUAUCGA